GCCUGACUCGUUCUGUCUUACUUUUCUGUCUAGGAUGGUGCGUGGCACAUGGUUGCUGCCCAGUACUUGUCUGAGGUACGUGAAGGGCGAAGGACUGGUGCUCCCGAUCGCGAGGGCAGAGGCAGCCAUUGAAAGUCUUGAGCGAUCCGUGGACACGAGAGAGCACAGCCAGUGUGGGGGUGGUGACGGAGGAUGCGUGGCUGGGUCCAGGUGUACAUAGGUCAUGAGAGAAGCUAGUCGUUAAGGGCCUUGAACAUGUCGCUAAGGAACUUGGGGUGCGGUGGGUUACCAAGGAGUCUUUUGAAGCAGUGCAGGGUCAGGAGAUGAGAACUGGGUGUAUUCUUGGUGAGUAGUCUCAUAUGGAGAGGGGACGGUGUGGCUGGUUGAGGAAGGGUGAUAACAUUUUUUCUUGGAGGGAGUCACUGAAUUAGAGUGAAAAUAAACCAUAACUGUCAUCAACUUAAAUAUACAUAUUUUUAACUGACUCUCCAGCCAAAUACACAGGUGUUGCACACCUGGAAUGUUGGAAGGCAGAUCUUUGGUUUUGGGAGCUUGUUUCCACCAGACGUCUUUGGGAAAGUCCAUUCAUCACCUGUCUGGCUGGUGAAGGCACAUGUCCAUUUCUGCCUUUACAGGAUGAGAGUAAAUUUAACCAUGUGCUACUGACCAGACAUCAGGUUUUACUCUUAUUUUCAAAGUGUACCAGGUCCCAGUUUUGUUUUCUACGUUUUUUUAAGGUUUUAUUUAUUUAUUAUUUUUUCAAAGUAUGUUUUUCAGAGAGAAAGAGAGCACAUGCGCGCAAGCUGAGGAGGAGCAGAGAGAGAGAGAGAGGGAGAGAUUGAGAAUCCCAAGCAGGCUCCUUGCUGAGCAGCUCAAACUCACAGACCGUGAGAUCACCACCUGAGCCAAAAUCAAGAGCUGCUUAACUGACUGAGCCACCCAGUUUGCUGCCUCAUGGACCCAGUGAGAAUUGAGACCUCUGCUCUUCAAGAUACUGUCUUCAACUUCUGGAUGUGUCAGGUGGGGAGUAGCAUUUCUUUCAGACGCUUCUCUUUUGGCAUUUUUUUCUAGGUUCCCCUACUCCUUUCCAGAAGGCUCAGUGAAUUUCUCACAUUUUAUUGUUGGAGAGAAAGCCAGCUCCUUGCUAGGCUACAGAGAGUGGAGAAGGAAUGAGCUUGCAGGGCUGUGCCCUAGAGAUUUAUCUCUCAGUUGUUUCCCAAGAUAGGAACUUUCUUUUAAGAAAAUCUCUCUUUUCUUUUGUUUUCAUUCUUGUACUGCUUCUAAUCUGAUGUAGCAGGUUUCCAAAGUUCUGUUUCUUUCUGGACUUCCUGAGCAUAUGUGAUUCCUUAAGACAGUGUUUCAGGCGCAGCUUUUCUCGUUUCCUUCUUAACCUUUGUGGCUACGGUAAUUUCAUUGAGUGUUUUUUCUGCUUCAAGUCUAGAAAGAUGACAUAUUUUAUUUCUAAUAAGGGCAUUUUUGUUAUAAAUAAAAUCCACCACCUUUUUAAGAUUGAAGCUGCAUUGUAAGUGUCAGAACUAUAAAACCAUAGCCAGAAUUAUUGACAUACAGGCCAGCAAGUGGGGAGUGACCCUUAAACCAACUAGAAAAACACCACAUGAGUUGUUCUGGUUUUGUCCUUUGGCCUUGAGUCUAGCUCAGAUGCAACUGGGGACAGCCUUUUCAUGUUGCCUGCUGGGCUGGGACUACCAAUAAAGUUUGGAGCUUACACAUGUUUGUGUUCCUUAGCUAAGGAAAGCUGGCCUGUCAAACUAGCUCAAAAAACAGUAAAGGACCAAAUACUUGUUUUGCCCCAAUAUCUAAAAGGUGUGUGUAGGGAAAGACUUCCUGUAGUCAAAUCUAUGCCUCAGCAGGGCCUGCUCGCUGGGGUCUUUUCUGCUGCUUAGGCUUUGCAGAUGCCCCAUAAGGGAAGGCAGUAGGUCUGUGCUAAGGCCAAGGUCAGUGCCCAUACCUUAGCUCUUAUAUUCAUAAACCAUAGUGCUUGCACAAGGACAGUGCCUUUGCUGAACCAUGUGACUGGCAUUUCAUUAAGGUAUUCAUUCAUCCCUGCUUGUCUAUAAAAUCAGGUUUAUGGGGCCCCUGGGUGGCUCAGUUGGUUAAGUGUCCCAACUCUUGAUUUCGGCUCAGGUCAUGAUCUCAUGGUUUGUGAGUUUGAGCCCUGUGUCUGGCUCUGUGCUGACAGUGUGGAGCCUGCUUGGGAUUUUCUCUGUUUGCCCCUCCCCGACUUGUGCUUGCUCCCUCUCUCUCUCUCUCUCUCUCAAUAAAUAAAUAAAUAAAUAAAUAAAUAAACAAACAAACAAACAAACAAACAUGUAAAAUCAGGUUUAUAAAAACACUUGCCUAUGAACAAAGUACCCGGCGUUCAGCAUGGCCAACCUGAAAAGUGUUUGAAAUGCCUCAAGUACUAGUCCCAUCAGGGCCUCAACUUGUAUGUGAUGUUUCGCUCCCCACAUUCUUCACUGGAUCUCCUUUUUCUUAUGUUCUUUGCCACAUCAUCAGAUCCUAACAUUCCUUUGAAUACGACAUCCUCCAGCCCUGCCAAAGGGCAGAGCCUGUUCCUGUAAAACUUACAACACAGAGCAGCAGAACCUGUGGGCAGGGGGUUCCCAAAAGAAGGAAAGGAAGAAGAGGCCAAGAAGAUUCAGCCAGGAGAGGAGAGGUGUGGCAAGAGGCCAGGAGUGUUUAGAAGAAAUCCUUCUUCAUGGACUCAAGGAGUCAGUCCAAGAACUGAAAAAAUAACUCUGGUUUCAACAUGUGUGUUUGGGAAAUGGUUAAGAGGUUGACUUAAAGAAGAGAAUGCAUUCAUUUGGGAUGUGGUGAGUUUGGAGUGAUGAGACAUUCAAGCAGAAGUAGCUUGGUGGUGGUUGGAUCAAGUUCGGUGGGAGUUAUCAAAGUGGUGAUAGUUGGAAAUCUGUCAGUGAGGAACUGAUCAUGGGAAAGAAUGCAGAGAGAAGGUAAGGUCAAAGACCUUCCUUUGUCAAAGAAUAGUAUAAAAACUUUAUGUAUAUUGGGGCACCUGGUUGCCUCAGUUGGAUAAGUGUCCAUCUCUGGAUUUUGACUCAGGUCAUGAUCUCACAGUUCAUGGGUUCGAGCCCCAUGGGUGCGGAGCCUGCUUGGGAUUCUCUCUCCCUCCCUUUCUGCCCCUCCCCUGCUCGCUUUCUGUCUCAAAAUAAACUUAAGUUUUUUCAGACUUUAUGUAUGUAUAUAAAGGGGGUGACUAGCUGGCUCUGUUGGAAAGCAGGCAACUCUUUUUUUUUUUUUCCCCUAACUUUUUAACAUUUAAUUCAUUUUUGAGGGAGAGAGUGCAAGUGGAGGGAGGGGCAGAGAGAGAAGGGACACAGAAUCCGAAACAGGCUCCAGGCUCUGAGCUGUCAGCACAGAGCCCGACAUGGGGCUUGAACCAACAAACGGUGAGAUCAUGACCUGAGCCAAAGUCGGAUACUUAGCUAACUGAACCACUCAGGUGCCCCAAAAGCAGGUAACUCUUGAUCUCAAGGUUGUGAGUUUGAAGCACAUGCUGGGUGUAGAGAUUACUUAAAUAAACAUUAAAAAAAACCCUUGUAUAUGAAGGAAAACAGUGAUUGAUUUAAUCCGGCAAAGGCAAAAACAGGAUUUAUGUAAGAGAAAGGGUACAGAGAGAAGAAGGAAAAACUGCAGAUUGUGUCAAAAUUGUGGCUUUUGUUUCCUGUGGGUAAACUGCUGACCAGCUGGCAGCCAACAAAGAAGCCAGUAUUCUUCCCUGAGGCAACUGGAUGGAUUACAAAGUAACACAACUUCACUUGCUUAUGGGUUCUCCUGAAGACCUCAGGAGUUCAGAUGAGGUGUCUGUGUCAGGCUGUCUCUGCAUAAAUAAUAUCAAUCAGUGUCCUUUGUAAGCAGUAUCAUCUUCAGGCCAGAUACACACUGAAAAAUCAUGUUCACAUUACAUUGAGAUUCACAGGAGUGGGGUGCUGCUUUAGAAAAAGGAAGGAGGGAAAGAAGGAAGACAGGGAGAAAAAGAGAAGGGAGAGGGAGGAAGAGGAAGAGGAUGAGGAUAAUGGUUUUCCAGGGCUCUGCUGAGACCUGAACUUAUUUCCUGGCCUAGAGGCCACGAAGGGGGCAUGAGUGGAACUGGAGUUGGGCAGACAUCCUCUUGUGGGGCAGCCACUUCAGGAGGCCUUUGUACGGCCACAGGAUAGUGGGAGCCUGCUCUCCUCUCACAAAGGAAUGGAAUAGAGUUGCCGAGAACGAUCACCUGUGGAGGUGAGCAAGGCAAGGGCAAGGCGGGAAGGCAGGUGUGUCUCAUGGGGGAAGACGUACGCUUGGAUUGCGUACCCAAGGGAGGCCUGCGGGUGGCCCUGUCUUGAGAGGCGUGAGUGACGCUCACAGAGAGGGAGGGGUUCGUGAGACCAGUGCUCCCGAGGAGGUGGACUGACGGGGCGACAGCCUGGGGUGGGGGUGGUGUUAUGACUCUGUUUCCAGAAACCUGUGUCUGAAGAAAUGGAGCUUCUGCAACUUCUCCAAGUGCCUGGGCUCACAGACGUGGAAACAAUUCUUCCUCAAACAAACAAAGCAGGAGUAUCAGAUGGCCUUGGCGCAACCAGAGGACUUUAUCUUCAAAGAAGCAACUGGGAACCUCGGAAUCAUAGGACCUAUGGCUUAUCUGUCAGGAAAUGGCCCCACAAUGGGUGGACGGGAGAAUUCCAUCAUUUGUACCGUGUCGUCCAAGCACAUGCUUUAUGCCUGGGAUGUGCAGGAGGGCACUAGGAUCUGGUCAAGCCCCGUCCAGCAGUCUAGUAUCACGCAUCUGGCGACCCUCCCUCAGAUGCAUCUCGCGUUCACUGUGGAUUUGGAGGGAACCGUCAAAGUGUGGAAUUGUCAGGAUCAGGAUGCCCUGGCCACUUUCCCUGUGUCUCAGGCCUGCUUUUCCUUGGAAGUCUGUCUCACAAAGGAUGGCCCAUUCCUGAUGGUCGGCAAUUCUGAAGGUGACAUCUACACACUGACAGUGCCUGAGCUCAGGGGUGUUUCUAAAGUCCACGCAUUUAAAUACACUGUUGACCUUCUGCACUGCUCUCCUGACAAGAAAUGGGUCUUUGCAUCUGGGACACAUCAGAACAUCUUGCCCAGGGUCUUUUUCACAGAGUGCUUACUGAAACCAUCGGAAGGCAAAAGCCCUCUGUCACUCUCUAUUCCAUUUUCGUCAUGCUGCAGAGCCUGCUGGGCCCCAAGGAGGACAAGCAGGAUAACACUGAUGUACCGAAGAGGCUCUUCCAAAAAGACGGGAUUUACCACCUUUGACCUAAUGACCGAGAGGACUGGGGGCAGAACAGUCAUCCAAGCCCAUCAGGUCGCGACUUUCCUGUUGCCAGUUCAUAUGGAGAGUCCGAUUUGGAUGGGAGCCAGUGAUGGAAAUAUGAUCGUCUUUGAGAGUGGGCCAUACUUGUUCCUCUUCACCAUCAGUGGGCACCAGCUGCAACGAUUUGAGGACCACCAGAGGACCAUUGGCAAUUUGUGGGCGGAUUCUCUGCAUGUCCUCACCACAUCUAUGGAUGACUCCCUGCAUGUGUACAUGUGGGAAGAGGAAGGCCGUUAUCCAUACCUCAAGAGCUGCUGUCACCUGGAACACAUAGGGAGUGACCUGACGCCCAGCUGCUACGUCUCCAAAGCAAUAUGUGAUAACAUGAGCAUAGUAUGUGUGGUGUCAAAAAAUCGUGAGUCCAGCAUUCUGGUGAUGUAUUCUUUGCAUACAUAAUAUGGAAACUAAUGGAAUAAUUAACCUUGCAUCAUCUCCCUCAAUGUAGUAAAGAGAAUUCUGUUUGCAAA